UAUGUCAGUCAAGUUAUACGGCCCAUCAGCUAAUCCCAGACUCUGUUAAGUUCAUUUGGUAGCAGAUCUACUUGAAAUUCCUGUUGAGGUAGUUGAAGUUGGAUACGAUCAAUGCGAAUCAAAGGAUCAUUUGGCAAGAAACCCAUUUGCUAAAGUUCCUGUGAUUUAAACAACCGAUGGAUUCUUAUAUGAAAGCAAUGCUAUCUGCAGGUACCUUGCUAGAUCAAAAUUAGAAUCAGGAUUAUAUGGGUAUGAUGUUUAGAAUUAUUCUAAAGAGCUAACCCUUUCUAAUAAUCUUAAGUUGAUUAAUGGAUUGAUUGGACAGUAAAUGAAUUAGAUCCAAAUUUCAUGACCACAUUCCCUUAAUUAUGGGGACAUUUCCCAGUUAAUGAGGAUUCAUUCAAAAGUGCAAAAUCCAUCAUUAAUGAUAAAUUAAAAUAAUUAGAAGGUCAUUUCAAGAAUUCUUCAUAUUUGGUUGGAGAUAGAUUAACAAUUGCAGAUGUUAUACUUAUUGUAAGAAUUGCUCCAUUUUUCAUUUUAUUGAUUGAUGAGAAAUCCAGAAAAUCAUACCCUUCUCUUAUGAAAUGGUUCACAGCUGUAACUGAACUUCCUCAAUUCAAAAAAGUAUAUAUUAUAUAUAUUUAUAUAUAGAAUUUUGGAAGAGUAAGAUUAUGCAAAGUUGCUUUCCCAUUACCUAAAUAAGAGGCUCCAACAAAGGAAGAAAAAUAAAAGGAAUAAAAGCCAAAAGAUGAAAAAGCAAAGGAAUAAAAACCAAAAGAAGAAAAACCAAAAGAAUAAAAGUAAAAGGAAUAGAAACCAAAAGAAGCUGAAAAGCCAAAGGAAGCAUAAAAAUAAAAAGCUUAGGAAGAUGAUGAACCUGCUCCAGAAAAGAAAAAGAAUCCUUUAGAUUUACUUCCCCCAUCACCAUUCAAUAUUGAUGAUUAUAAAAGAGCCUUCUUUGCUGAAAAAGAUAUUGCAAAGAAUAUUGCAUAACUCUUUGCAUAAGUUGAUACUCAAGGUUGGUCUUUAUGGAUUAUCACAUAUAAUAAAUCAUAAAAUGAAGGCAAAUAACUUAUUUUAACAAAUAAUUUAAUGAAAGGAUUUAUUAAUUAAAGAUUAGAUUAAAAUUUCAGAAAAUAUUCUUUUGCAAUUCAUGGUGUUUAUGGUGAUGAACCAAAUUUGGAAAUUAGAGGAGCAUGGAUUUGGAGAGGAAUUGAAGUACCAUAAGAAUGGGUAAUAAUAAUAAUUCAUAAAUUAUUAGAAAGAUCAUGUUGCUUAUGAUUAUCAUGUUUUCAGAAGAAUUGACUUAAACAAUGAAUAAGAUAAAAAAGAUUUCAUUGAAUAUUGGGUGAACUAAGAGGAAGAUGUAUCAAAAGUGGGUGGUCUUACAGCCAGAAGCUUGAUGUAUUUCAGAUGAU